UAGCACUUGCAUCUCCCCCCUCUGGCUGGUCUCUCUUCACUCGGCCUAGGUAAAUUCAGGGACGCAGCACGCCGCGGUGCUCAGUCGCUCCUCGAACUCCCUGCCUUGAACAGCAGCAAAAGAAGCAAGACUACCUCAACAUGCUCAACUCAACUCAAAGAAUGCUGGUGCUGUUUUCGAUACUGUGCAGCCUGCUUUUGGCGUCGGAGGCGCGAAUCGAGUUGCUCAACUCGAAGUACGUGGGCAAAGACUCGCACCACAAAAAGCCGUCCGGACUGAUGCCGUUGAGGUCGGUGGCAGGCCGCGCCGGCGACUCCAACACCUACUACGUCAAACUGCCCGCCAGUACUCACUACUACAGCUCCCUCAGCAGCAAAAUCCCAUACGAACCUCACGGUCAUGCGGCCAUUCGUCGUCUCCUGCCAGUCAGCUUUGCCGGCAACGGUCGUCCAGCCAGGGUCUACCACUGGAACAUUCCAGUGAUCCAGCACAUGGAGCUUGAGAAGAACAUGCAGCGAAGGCGCUCCAGUUUUGACCACCAACACGCCCAGCAGCGCACCGCCCACCACGACCACUACCCUGCCAAGACCACCGUGCAAAUCAAGAGGUACAGGAAGAAGUCGUCCGAGGACAGUCCCAUCCACAGAAUCAGCGGCACCGGCAACAAGAAGAUGAACAAGUACUGAGACGGACCUCUCGAGUGAAGAAGAAAAAACGCUGCUUUUUGCCCAUUUAUUUAUUCAGGCUUCUGUUUUUCUCCACUUUUACUCAAACUCAAACACAGGUGGCUAAAAGCUCUUAAUCAAUUAAGUCUCGAGCAGGUUGUCCUCGGCAAGAGCGGUACUUGAGCACGAUUCGCCUUCCACAAUAUUUAUUUAGACAAAAUCCACCCAACAGGCUUCUUGCGCUCAAGCACCUAUUCAAAGCAAUUAGCAGUAAGACUAAUUAUAAACAAAGCAUUUUUAUACUUAUAAAUAAAUAAUGGUAAAGUUAAGUACAAAUCUCCGUCUGAAAAUUUGAGGAAUUAUAAAAAUUGUGAAUCUCUGGACUAAAUGCUAGAUAAAUGUUUAGCCCAGAUUGAUUGGAUUUGAAAACAGACUUGGGAAAAGUAAGCGAUCUCCUCUAUUACUCUUUUGAACCAUUCAUAGUAAGUGAAUCAAAUUUCACAUUUUUGUUCUUAAUGACAAUUAAUUAGUAUUCCUUAAUGGCAUUUUGAAUAAAAAUCUUAUUAUAAUUUAAAUACAUGAUGUGCGUUACUGAUAGAAUGUGUGUAAAGAAAAAUCAUUCACUUUUCCCAAGCCUAAAUUUAAUAUCAAGUUGCGCGGAGAUUUGAUUGUGCCAUUGCUAGUGAGCGAGUAUUCUGUGUAGCAAUCAUCAGGAUUUUAAAACGGCACACGAACAAAAGUAGCUGGUAGCUAUGCAACCUGCUGUGCUCACGUGCUUCACGGUGCAGCAUAAUAUGCAUGCAGGUGCCUUCUACAGGUUGCAUUAUGAAGUAAAAACGCAUCCUGUAGAGAUAAAGAGAUUUGCUAUCUAGAAUUUUUAGAAUGUGUCUUUUGUAAAUAAUUGAAAAUCUUUUUACUGUAAUUUAUAAACAAAAAUUCAUAUUCAUAUGUAUCAGGUUGUACUAGAUGUUUUUUAAGGUGACUUCUGUACUCUCAUUACUUUUAAUUUCAUGUAACUCUUUCAUAACACACAAUUCUGUCUAUAUGUUUCAUUUUUCUUGCCAAGUAGUAAUUUGUAAUUUUUAACAAAUAAAGCAAAAUAAACAAAACGGA